AUGGGGCGACAGAACCUCAAAUGAAGGUGCUCAGCAAGAUGCUCCCCAGUGCCUCCUGCUCCCUCCCCAUCCUCUUCCUUUUCCUCCUCCCUAGUGUCCCGAUGGAGCCCCAGCCCCCACCCUUACCACUACCCCCAUUUCUAGCGCCUGAGUGGGAUCUCCUGUCCCCCCGAGUAGUCCUGUCCAGGGGUGCCCCUGCCGGGCCCCCUCUGCUGUUCCUGCUGGAGGCCGGGGCCUUUGGGGAGCCAGCAGGCAGCCCUGCCAAUCGCAGUCGGCGAGGGGUGAGUGAGACAGCACCAGCAAGUCGACGCGGAGAGCUGGCUGUGUGUGAUGCAGUCAGUGGCUGGGUGACAGACCGCCGGACAGCCGUGGACCUGCGUGGGCGCGAGGUGGAGGUGCUGGGCGAGGUUCCUGCAGCUGGUGGCAGCCCCCUCCGCCAGUACUUCUUUGAGACCCGCUGCAAAGCUGACAGCGCUGAGGAAAGCAGCCCUGGUGCGAGUGGAGGGGGCUGCCGGGGUGUGGACCGGAGGCACUGGGUAUCUGAGUGUAAGGCCAAGCAGUCCUAUGUGCGGGCAUUGACCGCUGAUGCCCAGGGCCGUGUAGGCUGGCGAUGGAUUCGGAUUGACACUGCCUGUGUCUGCACGCUCCUUAGCCGGACUGGUCGGGCCUGA